CGUCGCUGAAGUUGAACUGCUGGGACCCAGCGGCUCGCAGUCCCAACGUCAUAUAUUGGAAUUCGCUUCGAAGCCCACAGGUCUCGUCGACAGACAGAAGAUAUUCGAGAUGCUGCGCUCCAGCUCCCUGCGUGCUGCCACCGCUCUCACAUCGCGCCGAGCGCUAGGCGCCCGCGCCAUGUCGUCGCUGCCGUCGUUCGCUACUGUUGACCCGAACUUCAGCGGCGCCAACCCCACGGACGGCUUCAACCUGGUGAACGGCAAGUGGACCAAAACUGCCAAGACGGAGACGAUUGUGGACCCUCUGAACGGCGAGGCCUUCAUGACCAUGCCUCUUACGCAGAAGGACGAGCUCGCUCCCUUUGUGGAGAGCAUGACCAGCUGCCCCAAGCACGGUUUGCACAACCCUCUUAAGAACGUGGAGCGUUACGUCAUGUACGGCGAAGUGAGCGCCAAGGCCGGUGCCAUGCUCCGCGAGGAGAAGGUGGCCGACUACUUUGCCAAGCUGGUGCAGCGCACGUCGCCCAAGAGCUACUUCCAGGCCCGCAACGAGGUCAGGGUCACGGGUAAGUUUCUCGAGAACUUCUCCGGCGACCAGGUGCGCUUUCUGGCUCGCUCAUUCGGCGUGCCGGGCGACCACCAGGGCCAGACUAGCAAUGGCCACCGCUGGCCUUACGGUCCUGUGGCGCUUAUCACGCCCUUCAACUUCCCCAUUGAGAUCCCCGUGCUGCAGAUGAUGGGAGCUCUGUACAUGGGCAACAAGGUGCUGCUCAAGGUGGACUCCAAGGUGUCCAUCGUCAUGCAGGAGACUCUGCGCAUGCUGCACGAGUGCGGAAUGCCCAUGACUGACGUGGACUUCAUCAACUCUGACGGUGCUGUGAUGAACGACCUGCUGAUGCAGGUCAAGCCUCGUAACACGCUGUUCACAGGCUCGCAGGCGGUUGCUGAGAAGCUCGCCAAGGACCUGAGUGGCCGUAUCAAGCUUGAAGAUGCUGGUUUUGACUGGAAGGUGCUUGGCCCUGAUGUCCGCGACUUCGACUACGUUGCCUGGACUUCCGACCAGGAUGCGUACGCUUGCUCUGGUCAGAAGUGCUCGGCGCAGUCCGUUCUCUUCAUGCACAAGAACUGGACCAAGGCUGGCCUGGAGAAGAAGCUGGCGGAACUCGCUGCUCGACGAAAGCUCUCGGAUCUGACCAUUGGCCCUGUGCUCACGGUCACCACGAAGCGUAUGCUUGACCAUGCUGCCGCUCUGCUGAAGAUUCCCGGUGCUCGUGUUGCGUUUGGCGCUGAGGAGCUGGAGAACCACACGAUUCCGGAGAAGUAUGGAGCUGUGAAGCCCACUGCAAUCUUUGUGCCGCUCAAGGAGUUCGUCAAGCCCGAGAACUUUGAGCUUGUGACCACGGAGAUCUUCGGUCCCUUCCAGAUCCUGACUGAGUACGACGACAAAGAGCUGCCGGAGGUACUAGACGCUCUGGAGCGCAUGGAAGCUCACUUGACUGCUGCUGUAGUCUCGAACGACCAGGAGUUCACGAACGAAGUGCUAUCGGCUACCGUUAACGGCACGACCUACAGCGGUAUCCGUGCCAGAACCACGGGUGCUCCCCAGAACCACUGGUUCGGCCCGGCCGGUGACCCGUGUGCUGGAGGUAUCGGCACGCCGGAGGCUAUCAAGCUCGUGUGGUCGUGCCACCGUGAGAUUAUCAACGACGUUGGUCCCGUGCCUGCCAACUGGACGAUCCCGGAAUCUACCUAAAGCGUUUUGCGUUGUGACUGGAGGUCUGUCCUAGCAGAUAACGAAUAAAUUUGCACAGAUCCAAAAGGUUUCUAUGACGCCUGUUCAAUUUAAAGAGCCUUUCGAUGAAACAAGUUGAAGAGGACAGCUGAUCAAAUCAAGCAAACUGUGUUAUCAAAAGGAAAUCUAGUUACGGGGGAAUGACAUGGCAUUUACAGUUCCUCCAGCUCCCACGCUGAAGUCUGGUUAGCCUCGGUCUCGGACAGAAUCUGCGUAGGUU